UGUAACACCAUAAACACCCCUCUAUUAAUAACUCCACUAUUUUUUUUUUUUUCUGCUGUUAUCUUUUUGUUCUUGUGGAAAAGAGUGCUGAUCAGUUGCAGUGGAUUAUAAAACAAGUCAUUUCAAAUAGUUAUUUGCAUGGUUGCCUUCAAGUGUCAAUUAUAACAUGUCUUGAUAACUGAAUUCAAAGUGUCCUUUUCUCACCAAUUUUUUUUUAUGUACUAUACAUGUAUAAAAUGUUUAUGAAACCUGUCAAGGAAUUGUCCAAGUCAUAUUUAAAAAGGGCACUCAUUCAUUUUUUUUUUUUCUACUUAAAGUUUUACUCCUAAAGAAAUGAAUUGUUAAUUUGAAACAUGUAAAAAAAAAAUAUAUUGACCACUGACAUUAGAUGAAGACUCCAGUCAUAUCAGUAACCUUAUCAAAUCUGCUGCUGCUUUUGUUGUCCUGCAUAGUCCCCUCGUAGAAGCAGCCAUGUUAGGAUCACAUGACCAGUCAAAUACUAACUACCACUUUGUCCACUUUCGCUCUAAUGAUGGCUGUCUCUGAAUAGUGAUUUGUUUUACAAAUCGUCUUAUUGUUUUACAGUGUCUGUAAAUCCAAAAAACACAAACAAAAAAAUUUGCUGUGUGCACCUUAACCCCAAACCAAAUUUAAAUGAAGCCUACAUUUAGUGCCAUUAAGUUUUCUGUGCAUUGUGCGAUUAUUUUCAGGACACUUGCGCCCAGUUUGUUUUAGCUGUAACUCGCCCGGACGUUUUAAUUUUACUAUUCCCAUUGUUUUUAAUGAUGAUAGUCAUGACCAUAACGUGUUUGAAUAAAUGUAUAUAAUUUUUCUUUCUUUCUUUUUUUUUUUUUUUUACUGUGUUUCAUUGAAAAUUAUGCAGUUGUACAAUCAUUUUUUAAGCCAGAAGCAAUGGAAUACUAUGAUGAAUUAUCAAUACUUUACUAUUUAAAUAAUAUAUCAUUUUUGACCAUCGCUAGCGCCGCAGCAAAAUAAAAAUGCUCCCAUUAUAAUCAAUAAUGGCAUAUGAUCUUUUUCUACAACAAUGCGCUCAAAUGUAGGAUUAUAAAGUGGGUGUCUGAUUGGUUGAUGGAUGCCGACGUCAUGAUUCUAUCGUUUGGCCUGUCGACGAUUUGUUGAUUAUAUAUCGGGGCGUUUUUGUUUUGUCGCGUCGCGCACUGUCAGUGUGUCCCUCCCUUUCUUUCCGUAGCAUCCUUCAUUGUGUGCUUAGCAGGGGUCCCUUUAAUCGAAUAAGUUAACCACGAAUUACCGUUUUUGCUCAUAUCAUAUUGAAUUUUAAGAUAUGUAGAUAUUUUUCAGUAGUGAUUGCAAUAUCACCGACAGCUUGGUAUCCAAUAUAUCGUGCAGUACGUGAACUUCACGCUAAUGGCUGAUUCAGACACCACCUCUACAUCUCAUCCCCAGCUGCACUGCCCACAUCCACCUGUCUCACUUUCAUUACCUUUCCUGAGGGAGGGUAGUAAAGUCUUGGAGAGGAAACCGCCCCAGACAGGGGAGCCUCUCAGUCCACUGCCAACCAAGCGCACACGCACCUAUUCAGCAUCGGUGAGAGCCAAAUCUGGACCCGUCUUUAAAGGCAUUUGCAAAAACUUCUCAAGGUCACAAGGUCAUGGAUUCAUUCAACCUUCCCAUGGAGGAGAAGACAUAUUUGUUCACAUCUCAGAUAUUGAGGGUGAAUAUGUGCCAAUGGAGGGCGAUGAGGUGACCUACAAAGUGUGUCCUGUUCCUCCCAAGAACAUAAAAUUCCAAGCCGUUGAUGUGGUCAUCACCAACCUUAGUUCUGGAAGGAAGCAUGAGACCUGGUCUGGGCAAGUUAUCAGCUCCUAGCUCAGACUUUCAGGACCCAGCAGAAGAAAAAAGCCAGAGAGGGAAGGAGACAUGAAGAAUGGGUUAUACAGAGCAAAAGAAAGUUGCUUAAAAUUGUGUUAUGUGUAUAGGAUAGGGAUGGUAUAGCAAUAAGGGUUAUGCAACUGUUAGCGUUUCUAGUCUGGUAAAGAAGUUAUGAAGUUGAAACAUGGUUUGGUAUCUGAGUCAACUGAGCUUUGAUGUAGCAUUGGCAGAAUAUGACAUUACUGUGACAGAAUAAAAACAGCAGUGUUACCUUUGUUUGAAAUUUUGACAAUUUAAAUAUUUAUUUUCACCUUAUAUGUAAAAAGACAUUUAAGUUAAUCGAGAAGUGUACUUUCAAGCAAUUAAGUUUAAACUGAUUUCAUAAUUUAUAUUAAGCCACAAUGAUGGAAACUUAAAUUUCUGUACUGCAAUUGAUAGGACUGGUAAUAUUUUUCUUUAGGAAAGCUACAAAUCCCAAAAUUAUGGUAUUUUGUUGUCAAGAACAAUAGUUAUGAUGAUUCUAAUAAAAAUUUGAUUAGUAAUGCAGUGUUAUUUUAAAAAUCUCUUUUUAUGGGAUGUCUUUGAAAUAAAU